UCUCACUCAUGUAUGAGUUUGUUUCCUCUACGCUGAUCAAGAUGAAGCUGUGUUUGAUUCUCGUCUGUGCAGCUCUUCAAUACACAGAGGCUAAAAUUCAGCACACGGACAUUGCAGUAGAUCUGUGCUCUGAUACAGAUGAAGAUAAAGAGAAAAUAUUUGGGCUGGAUGGAGAAGAAAUGUGGCACGCUGACUUCAGUCAGGGGAAAGGAGUGAUGACCCUGCCAGAGUUUGCAGAUCCUUUCUCCUAUGAAGAAGGAGCCUAUGAGGGGGCUGUUACUAAUCAGGAAAUUUGCAAAAAAAACUUAGGCAUUGCUGCAAAAAGUUACAAUUACCCUGCAGAACCAAAGGAUGCCCCCCAAAGCUCAGUCUACUCCAAGCACAAAGUACAGCUGGGCUCUAAAAACACCCUCAUCUGUCACAUCACUGGAUUCUACCCUCCUCAUGCCAGAGUGUCGUGGACUAAGAGCAAUGUAAAAGUAACAAAUGGAGUUAGUUUUAGCAGAUAUUAUCCAACCAGUGAUGGAACCUUCAACCUGGUCUCCACCUUGAGCUUCACUCCAGAGGAGGGUGACAUCUACACUUGCACUGUGGAGCACACAGCCCUGGACAGACCACUGACCAAAACAUGGGAUGUGCAGGUGGCUCUGCCCAGUGUGGGUCCGUCUGUGUUCUGUGGAGUGGGUCUGGCUGCAGGACUGCUGGGAGUCGCUGCUGGAACUUUCUUCCUCGUCAAAGGAAACAACUGUAACUGAGAGUCUGACCACCUGCAGAUCAUUUGUGAUUUUUGUUCUUUUACUUUGCAUUUUGUAAUUUUUUCGUUAAUGUAAUUUUUGGUUUAAAUGUUGCAUUGUGUGUCUUCAAGCCUUUGCAAGUCCACUGAAACUAAAUUACUGUUAUAUUCUUACAUAUUGUGAUGUUCUACUCAAAAAAUGCUAUGCUCUUAUAUUGUGAUGACCUAAAAUUAUUUAGUUAACUAAUGUAGAGUGUAAUUUAGUAAACCAUCUGCACAGUUUUAUAAUAAUCUAUUUGCUUCAAACCAGUUUUUCUAUAAGCUGAUUAUUGGAAUGAAACCUGCAGGUAAUUACAGUGUAAAGCAAACCAAAUUUCUAUUUCAAAUAUUAAUAAUUAGAGAUUAGUGUAAGAUAAAAAUAAAAUGUAAUUAGACAGUUGUUUCAAAUCAAGACUAAAGGCCAUCUUUAUUUUCAUUGUACGUAAUUUUGUUAUUGGGUAAUAAGUAAAAUAUCAUGGUGUGCUUGCAGCUAAAAAUGUGAGAACUGGGAAACAAGAUUUGAUAUCAGAUUUCACUUCUCAUUUUCAGUAAUUUGGACAUUACACAUUAUGGAGUCUUACUUGAACACUGAUUAAUGAUCAGGCCAUCAUAAGUGGAGUGUAAUUCAAGGAAGGGACAUCUUGAUCAUGUAAAAAGUGAAGAAUUGUGAGAAAUACAUGAAACUACAUAAAACAUAUGAGUAUAUAAAAGAAUAUAAAUGGAGAUCCUGCUUUAUUAAAACACAGAAAGCCUUACA